CGGGUGAAGAAGAAAAUCCGUACCCGCUCGGCCCGGAGCGAGGAGGUGCCUCAGAACAAGGAGGUGCCUCAGAACAAGGAGGUGCCUCGGAGCGAGGAGGUGACCCCGAGAACGGAGGUGGCUCGGAGCGAGGAGGCGCCUCGCAGCGAGGAAAUGGCGGCAGCCGGGCUCAGCGUGACCGUCACCCACAGCAAUGAGAAACAUGACCUUCAUGUUACUCCAAAGCAGGGCAACAGUGAACCAAUUGUCCAAGACCUGGCCCAGGUUGUUGAAGAAGUCACAGGGGUUCCACUGCCUUUUCAGAAACUCAUAUUUAAGGGAAAAUCUCUGAAGGAAAUGGAGACACCAUUGUCAGCACUUGGAAUAGAAAAUGGUUGCCGGGUUAUGUUAAUUGGGAAAAAGAACAGUCCAGAGGAAGAGAUUGAACUAAAGAAGUUAAAAGAUUUGGAGAAGUCUGUGGAGAAGAUAGCUAACCAGCUGGAAGAAUUGAAUAAAGAGCUUACUGGAAUCCAGCAGGGUUUUCUGGCCAAGGAUUUGCAAGCCGAAGCUCUCUGCAAACUCGAUAGGAGAGUAAAAGCCACAAUUGAGCACUUUAUGAAGAUCUUGGAGGAGAUUGACACACUGAUUCUGCCAGAAAAUUUCAAAGACAGUAGACUGAAAAGGAAGGGAUUGGUGAAAAAGGUUCAGGCGUUCCUAGCUGAGUGCGACACAGUGGAGCAGAACAUCUGCCAGGAGACCGAGCGGCUACGAUCUACAAACUUGGCCCUGGCUGAGUGAGGUGCAGCAGAGGCUGUGCUGCUCAGGUGAACAGCACCCUCAGCUCUGUCGUCUGGAAUGGAAGUAACCAGGUUUCUUCAGCACUUCCUGGGGCAGCUGGCCAUCGCCAGCUUUCCUGUCCCUACACUGAUUAUCAAUGAGAAAAUAUUGUCUUUGCAACCUUAAGUAGAGUACCUGUCUCCUUUCUCGUUCUGUCUCUCUGUGGCUGUACUGUCCAGCAGCCCACUUUUUCUGGAGAGGCCUCCCUGUCCAAACUUUCCUGACUCCUUUGACUUUCAUGUGCUUCCUGUGGGAUGGGGAGGGCUUUGGUCUGUCCUGGGUUAGGUCCAGGUUUAUAGGCCAUUCUGGGCUUCAGAUACCAGGACUUUUUUGCCCUGGUGAUCCCAUAGUGCCAUCGCUAUAAAGCCAGAAUCACGAGGUGACUGUGUCUAGUCAGGAAUGUGGGGAAUGGCUUAGAACUGGUGUUUGACACACAGAUACCCAGGUAGCCUUCAUUGUAAGCCAACUUCAGAACAUUUAGGUUGUUGGUUUACAGACCCUGUCCUCACCUCCCAGUGACCCUGCUCAACCACAGGCUGUGAGAUAUCAGGGAUCCAGUCCUGGGAUAGGGCCUGUGGUUGAUGCAUAGUCUUCCUUAUCUCCCAAGUAAUUCUUCAAGCUAGUACUCAGUGUUGACUGAGUGUCUGCUUAAAACCAGGCCAGAGCCAUGGUUUAGGAAGGGUGAAGAAGGAGCUAGAAUUACUAAACCAGGCAGACAGUGAAGCCAGCCACAAUCUUCUCUGGAGUGACAUGUGCUUCCUUUAAAGACAUUUUAGUUAACCGUACCCUUCUGAGGUCUGUAUUUGCUUCAAGUCUGUCCCUCUAUUUUGUUGACUCCCCUCACCCAUUGUUAUUAAAAAGCAGUUUGUAUGCCCAUCAGCAAACAGAA